CAAAGGAGCGCCCCUACAAAGGACGUGUGAAUAUUUUUCCUUUUUGCCAAGCAACUCUUCUCUUUGGCAAUAUUUAUUGAGAACCGAACAAGACUCCCAAAGACAGAAUUUUUUCCGUGGUUGCAACACGCAACAACAGCCCGAAACAGUGAAGCGAGAGAAAAAUCGCUGGCGGUGUGUGAUAAAUAAUAUUAUCAAGUGAAAAAUAGAGAAAAGAGAAAGCAAUCGGAAUAACGGAAAAAAGUGUAAAAGUCGAUGCUCUUAAAAAAUAAAAAAAAAGAAAAUUAAUAAAAUUGAAACAAAAAAAAUAAUACAAAAAAAGAAGUGAAUAGACUCGUGUACAAGGAAGAUAUUUAAAACAACAACAAAAAAUGCUAAUGAUAAAAAUCUAUGAAAAAGUCAAAAGUGAAAAGUGAAUCCAAUACGAAAAAAAAUAGAAAAAAAAAAUAAUAACAAAGAAUAAGAAAUAAAAGAGAGAAAAAUAUAAAAGCAAAGCAAAAAAAAACUUUUUUGUACAUUUUUGCACGACAAGAAAUAACUGAAGAAUCCACUCCAAUCCAACUUAUUACCUAAACGAAAUAUAUUCGGAGAGACGAAUCAAUUGUUUGCGAUUGCAGAGAUGAUAAAAUCAUAAAGAAAAUCGCAAUAUGGUCCAUUUAUAAUUUUCUAAAGUGAUAUGUAAUAAGAGUUAAAAUCAAUCUCAAAAAUUAAAAAAAUAUAAAAAAACGAAAAAAAAGAGGAAGAAGUUUUUUUGUGUGAAGAAACAAUCGAACGCGUGCAAGAUGUGUUGAGUUCUAGCCUGAUAUGACGCAUAAAAAAGCUUUAAACUGUUGACAAUUGUUUUCUCCAAACCAUGGAGAUAAAAGGGCUAACAGCUCUUUCCAUAUCACCACGACCCCGACAACUCAAACAAAUAUUCCUGUAUAGUUUAAGCAUAUGGACUUUCGUAUCGUUACAAUUAGUGCAAUGUCGUCACCAUGAAAUUAGUAAUUUACAAUCGUCGUCGUCGUCGGCAGCGUCUGCGAACCAGCAACAACCAUUAGGAUCUGAACAAAUUUCACCAUUGGAUACCAUUAAUGACAAUGCCUUUUUUACACCAUAUUUAGGUCAUGGAGAGGCGGUAAGAAUAAUAGAUCCCGAAUUAGGUACCUUAGAGAGAGAAACAAUUGACAGAAACAUCGAUGUUGGCGGCAAUGUCGUUAGCGAUGGCAGCAGCAGCAACAUAAAUAAUAAUGGGAAUAGGAAGCGUGGCAUGUCACGUCGUGAAUCAAAUUCCGAACACGACGACGAUCCGCUAAUAGUGACAACGGAAAAAGGUAAAGUUCGUGGCAUAACGUUGACCGCGCCAACAGGCAAGAAAGUCGAUGCAUGGCUCGGCAUUCCGUAUGCGAAGCCGCCUGUUGGAGCGUUGCGUUUCCGUCAUCCGCGCCCAAUCGACAAGUGGGAGGGCAUUUUUAAUGCCACGACGCCGCCAAAUUCGUGCGUUCAAAUUGUCGACACGGUGUUCGGGGAUUUUGCGGGCGCUACAAUGUGGAAUCCCAAUACGCCGCUUUCCGAGGAUUGUCUCUAUAUUAAUGUCGUUGCGCCGCGACCACGUACGAAAAAGAUGCCCGUCAUGCUGUGGAUUUUUGGCGGUGGGUUUUAUUCCGGCACAUCGACGCUCGACGUGUACGAUCAUCGCACGCUUGUUGCCGAGGAGAAUGUCAUUGUCGUUUCCAUGCAAUAUCGCGUCGCUAGCUUAGGAUUUUUGUACUUAGACAUUUCGGAGGCGCCCGGCAAUGCGGGAUUGUUCGAUCAGAAUCUCGCUUUGAGAUGGGUGCAACAAAAUAUUCAUCACUUUGGAGGAGAUCCAGCUCGUGUCACAUUGUUUGGCGAAUCAGCGGGAGCUGUUUCCGUUUCCUUACAUCUUUUGUCUCCUCUGUCGCGAGACUUGUUCCAACGAGCCAUCUUAGAGAGUGGUUCGCCAACAGCCCCAUGGGCUAUUAUCACACGUGAAGAAGCGAAAUUAAGAGCGAUGCGUCUUGCCGAAGCAGUCCAUUGCCCGCACGACAAAGAAAAACCCUUGGAAACGCUCGAAUGUUUGCGCGAAAAGGACCCAAAAGUCCUUGUGGAAAACGAAUGGGGCACUCUUGGCAUCUGCGAGUUCCCCUUUGUGCCUGUCGUUGACGGCGCAUUCCUCGACGAGACUCCGCAACGUUCCCUCGCCUCAAGUCGCUUCAAGAAAACGGACAUUUUAACGGGCAGCAACAGCGAGGAAGGCUACUACUUCAUCAUCUACUACUUGACGGAGUUGCUACGCAAGGAAGAGGGCAUCACGGUGACACGCGAAGAAUUUUUGCAAGCAGUGAAGGAGUUGAAUCCGUACGUAAACAUUCCGGGACGUCAGGCAAUCGUGUUCGAGUACACAGAUUGGACCGAUCCCGAUAAUCCGCACAGUAAUCGCGAUGCGUUGGAUAAGAUGGUAGGCGAUCACCAUUUUACGUGCAACGUGAAUGAAUUUGCUCACAAAUAUGCCGAAGCCGGCAACACGGUCUACAUGUACUUGUAUACACAUCGCACAAAGGCGAAUCCCUGGCCAAGAUGGACCGGGGUUAUGCACGGCGAUGAGAUUAACUACGUUUUCGGGGAACCCCUUAAUCCGGCACUCAACUAUCAGCAAGAAGAGAAAGACUUUAGUCGGAAAGUUAUGCGAUAUUGGACUAAUUUUGCCAAAACUGGUAAUCCCAAUCCUGGCAUCGAUGGUGCACCCGUUUGGCCAAAACACACAGCUCAUGGUAGACAAUAUUUAGAAUUAGGUCUCAAUACUAGCUAUAUAGGUCGUGGUCCUCGUCUACGACAAUGCGCAUUCUGGAAGAAAUACUUGCCGCAAUUAGUUGCAACGACAAGUGAGUAA